CAUAAGCUUUUGCCUUUCCCUUUGGUGACUACACCCCGAGAGGAGGAGCGUGGUGCGCAGCGCAGUGAGCGUCAGGAUCCAGAAUUUCUAACUUAGCAUCUUGGCAGGACAUUUUCCCAAGCAAGUCACCGUCCUACGGGCAAAAAAUAAAACUUCUGCUCAGGCAUGAGAGCGACGGUGCAACUCAGAUAGGGGAGUAGCAGCAGAGAGAGGGAGAGAGAGCGAGUGAGGGAGGGAGAGAGAGAGAGGGGGGGAGAGACAGAAAAACCCGACCCUAAACCUCCGACGGAGAGAGUGGCUGGCUGUCUGCGACUAAUCAACCAAUUUCUUGAGCCUCUUUUUUAUUCUUUUUUCGUCCAAACUGUUUUCUUUUGUCUGUGAGAAGAAGGGACAGGCGGCGGGUCUGCAGCCGCGCGGCUCUAUGCGCUCCGACAGCCGCGCAUGAAGAGAAAAUAAAAGAAGAGGGGGAAAGUACGCAAGUUAAGUGGCUCAGCCUCUCCGGGCUCCAGCAUGGCGUAUCCUCAGGGCUACUUGUACCAGCCGUCCGCCUCUCUCGCCCUCUACUCCUGCCCCGCGUACAGCACGAGCGUCAUCUCGGGACCCAGGACGGAGGAACUUGGGAGAUCCUCUUCGGGGUCUGCGUUUGCGCCAUAUGCCGGAUCUACUGCUUUCACCAGCGCCUCUCCAGGCUACAACUCCCACUUACCCUACAGCGCGGACGCGGCGGCAGCCGCCACCUUUACCUCAUACGUGAGUUCUCCCUAUGAUCACACCACGGGGAUGGCCGGCUCAAUAGGAUACCACCCUUACGCAGCACCCUUGGGCACCUACCCUUACGGUGACCCUGCUUACCGUAAAAACGCCACGCGGGACGCCACCGCCACCCUGAAGGCCUGGCUCAACGAGCACCGUAAGAACCCCUACCCCACCAAGGGAGAGAAGAUCAUGCUGGCCAUCAUCACCAAGAUGACCCUCACCCAGGUGUCCACCUGGUUCGCCAACGCCAGGAGGAGGCUAAAGAAGGAGAACAAGAUGACCUGGACCCCUCGGAACCGGAGCGAGGACGAGGAGGAGGAUGAGAACAUUGACUUGGAGAAAAACGACGACGACGAGCCCAACAAGCCUUCAGAUAAAGGAGACUCGACGGACACAGAAGCAGAUCACAAACUACUGAACCCAGGGGACGUGGGCUGUGACAGAUUUAAAGAGGAGAACCAUGGAAAAGAAUUGGAUCCCCUCCUGAGCGACUCGGAGUUAAAAGAGCAGGAGGAGCGGACUACGGAGCUGCUGCCGGAUUCCGCCAAACCGACCACGUCGUCUCCCUCGGCGGUUUCCCGGGGGAACCAGGCCGCCGCGCAACAAGACAAGCCGUCCGAUUUGAGACACGCACCGAACGCGGUGACCAGCAACGUGACCUCUGUGAUCCACUCCCCCCCUUCCGCCCCCAAACCCAAACUCUGGUCGCUUGCGGAGAUCGCCACGUCCUCAGACAGGUGUAAGGGCAGCAGCGACGCGCCCGCGGCGUGUCCCGGUCUGGGCCAGAGCGCAGUCCUGGGCGCCACCGCGUCUCCGUCACGGUCCUCCCCGCAGUGUCACCUUCCCACCAGCACGGUGCUGUCCAGGCCUCUGUACUACACGUCCCCUUUCUAUCCCGGCUACACGAACUACGGUGGCACUUUUGGACACCUGCACAGUAACCACGGCUCGGUGAGCACGGGCUCCACAGCACAUUUCAAUGGAUUAAACCAGACUGUGUUAAGUAGAGCAGAGGCUCUGGUCAGAGAGAGCCAGAAAGUCAGAGGCCAAACACAGGUAGAUCUUUGUAAAGACUCCCCUUAUGAACUAAAGAAAGGUAUGUCAAAUAUUUGAAUUUUUUUCCACUCACAGCGGACUUUUAUUAUUUAUUUUUUGUGGUUGCAUUAAAACAAGUUUAAAAAAACCUGAUAAAUGAUGACGCAACACCCGAGAACAGUUAUUUUCUGAGUAAAUGCUUAUCCUGAGAAUUUUAGUUUCUGAAUGGUUAGUCCUAAAGUGUAACAAGGAUGGUCUUAACCGCUGCAGCCGCCUCUUUGUAUUAAAGACUAACGUGUAUAUUUAAUGUAGCUUUUUGUAUUUAAAAUGGACAGCACACUAUCUUUGAAGUAAAUUAUGGAGAAAACAAAGAAAAGUUUGUGCAGCGAUUAUUUUGGGGGUGGAACAGCUGGCUCUGCAGCUCUAAGGCCAGCUCUCCUGUGCGACAUUUCUGUUCCAUAUUGCACAAUGACAGAUGGUUCAAAGGUAAUUACUUCCAUAUAUGAGGCGGGGAAAGAGGCCUGCUGAAAGAAGUGAGGAUUAAAACAACAAUGUUCGGGUUAUUAAUGCAGCAAAUAUUUUAAUGGGAUUAUUUGAUUUGACUUAUCUAAAAAAAUCCCCAAGAUCCUCUUUCCUUUCACUUUCCUUUCACGUGAGCACGUUUCUAAAGGUGCAUGUUGAUAUAAUAACAACACCAAGGCGCAGUCGUUUAACCCAAUUACCUUCCGUGUUUUAUCUGGAGCAAUCAGGUGAUGAACUCUGGUAAUGAGCUCGAUUUUAUGCCAAAUUUAGACCUCAUUACUAUUUUCUAAGGCGUGGUAGAGCUGUUAAAAUGGGACGCGGCCAUGCAUUUAAAACAUACUGGCCUAUUAUGUGUCAUUAAU